AUGGGACGGUUACAUUUUUUCGUCCUCUGGUCGUUAAACGAUGCACCCCGUCAGUUUAUCAGCAAAUCCAAUCGCCAGUGCCACCAAGUCCAUGUUCCAUUGCCACUGCCCAAACAACUUGUUGUAUUCAGUGUUGGGGAAUGGCGGUUCUUAUCAAGCGAGACAACCAUUUCAGUUGAUGUUCUGGUUAGCCAGGACGUGAGACCGCAGAGGAUUGGUACAUUGUCAGACCAAACAAGGUGCUUGACUUGGGAGGGAGAUUGGAAUGCUGACCUUGUCCAAGAGGCAACAGAGAAAGGGAGGAGAGGAGUAUAUGGGAAGAUUUUGCUUACUGUUUGUGGAGAGAAUGAAGCCAGUUUCAUCAGCAACACUCCACGUGUGCCAAGAAAACAUUCCAGCCCAUUCGAGCACAACAGCAAUCUCUCCCAUACUCUGCUCAACACCUCUGGGAGUCAGAGGGAUAAGACCCCCAGACGGACGGUGAUUGGGAAGAGGGGUCGCAUCGCAUGGAGCCCUGAAAUUAUUCCUCAGGAGGAUACUGGUCGAGCAUCUAGCCCCAAAAAAAUAAAGCUAUCUAGAGAGAACAGUGUUGAGAAGACUGGAAUGAAGAAGACCACCUGCAGAGCAGUUUGCCCAUCAAAGCGCUGGAGCCACACCAUGUGUCUGAGUGAUCCUGAGACGGCCAUUGUCAUUGGAGGAGAAGCUUCUGACCAGACUCACUGCAAGGACUCCCUAUGGAAACUGGAAAUAGACAACGAUUUUUGGUUCCCAAUGAACUCCCCCACCUCUGGACCUGUCCCACCGUGUGCCCAUGGCCACUCUGCAACCUAUGACCCUGAUUCCAAGGUCGUCUACGUGUACGGAGGCCUGAGAGAGGACCAGCGCUACAGCAACCUCUAUAUCCUCAACACUCUAACCUGGAAGUGGAAGCUUGUCACAGCAAGAGGUGAUAUCCCCAUGUUGGCCUACCACUCUGCAACUAUCUAUAAGAAAGAGCUCUUUGUUUUUGGGGGGGUUCACCCAAGCCGCUGUCCUGGAGGCAAGGUCUGCAGUAAUGCUCUGUACAUUUUUAAUCCAGAGUUUGAGCUCUGGUACCAACCCAUCGUCGAGGGGGACCGACCUCUACCUAGGUUUGGGCACACAACCACGCUUUUGUCCAACCAGUUGCUAAUUUUUGGUGGCAGGAAGACUGCAACCUACCUAAACGACCUCCACAUUUUGGAUCUCGGCUUCAUGGAGUACACAGCUGUGAAAUAUGAGAACAUGCCACCACUGCCUCGAGGAUAUCAUGCAGCACUGCCAGUAUCCGACAACAGGAUGCUGGUCAGUGGCGGUUGCAGUGCUGUUGGAGCCCUGCAGGACGUUCAUAUCUUCAACACGGACACCAGUAUGUGGCAUUCAGUGGUCUCCCCUCUGCUCUGCGCCAGGCCUCGUGCCGGACACAGUGUGAUCAAUCUGGGAGGCUCUGUCAUCUCAGAUGCUGAUAAACAGAAGAAGCGGGAGUAUGCCAACAUCCACUGCACCCUCUUGGUGUUUGGGGGCUCUGACUGCGCUGGGACCUUCUACAAUAACACAGUGAAGUGCACAGUGGAGAUCCCUGUAGAAUAA